CAAUUCGCGAUGGCCCAGCGACCACGCCGAGCGCAGCCAUCGGUGCUCGAUGUCCCGGACGUCCCGGUCCUCCUCGUCCAGUACACGUCGUCGCCGAGCAAUGUCGUCUCGUUUCUUCAAGCGCUGCCAUUGGCUCUGCGCUCGCCAGCACUGACUGGGCUCCUCGACCUCUUGACGAAGUAUCAUGAUGCCACGUCAGAUGCAUCAUACUGGCCCACGCCAUGCCUCGACAACGACAUCCGCCAAGACAGGCUCACAUGUAUGGUCGCGGCCAUCUCGAUCUUCAACAGCAUUUGCAUCGGCGAUCUCAGCCUGAGCAAGCGCUGGUCCGCGAGUGCGGACCCAACGUUCCGCCUGCCUUUUUGCGGGUUUGUCGCGACGUGGGCCGCCAAGGUGACGGCUACCGACAUCUACUACACCACUCAAACGCCUGAGCACCACGACGAGCUGAGCCGCGUGCUGUCUCGUUGCACGAACCUCAAGGACGUCCGGAUUCCGGGCCAACUGGACUUGCUCGAGGCCGUGACGUCGCCGGCACACUGCGUCUCAGACCUUCAUCUCACUUGGUAUGCAUUUCAUGAGACUACACCGUCGGUCGUUGCGCCGUUGCAGCGCUGGCUUGCCUCUGGCCAUGCGCGCUACUUGUCGCUGGAUGGUUUUGACACUCGUCCGCUGGACACGGCUCUGGCGCGAGCACUAGCGUCAUCGCCGACGCUCUCGAGCCUACGCCUCUUCGCAUCAGACAGCGUUGUCAGCAGCCUUGUCGCCCACGGUGCGACUCUGGCAUCGCUCACGAAGCUCGAUGCGUUUGUACAUUCGGGCGAAUUGACGCCGAGUCUGCUCUCGCUGCUCCCGUUACCGACGAUGAAGACGCUCUCGGUUAGCGCGUAUGCGACGGAUCUCAGCAACUGUCUCCUCGAAAUGCUUCCACACAUGUCGUCGCUCGAGAGCUUGAGCCUCGGCCACUUGGAACUCUGCAGCACGACCGCGAUUCGUCCAUCCUUCGCCGCGCCGUCGACGCUCCGCACGCUCACACUGGCCAACAUUGAAGUGUUGGAGACGAAUCUGAACGCUCUGUUCCUAUGGGCCACAAACUCCACGCACCUCGAGUCGGUCACGUUUGAAUCGUGCGCGUGGAUUGGCUCUCGCAUGCCGUGUGUCAUCGGGACGGUCCAGCGAUGCAUCGGCGCCGGUGUUCGGUGCAUGCGCUUUCAAGACUGUGAGAUGGAUACACGCCACGUCUCGGCGCUCGCCGAGGCGCUGCACGGCACACAGGCGCGAGUCGCUUUCGAGCUCGAUCUCUCGGAGAACCCAUUUCUUAUCGCAGGGGCCCAAGCCUUGCUCAACGCGCUUGCAACGUGCAUGAACGUGUCGAUCAAGCUCCCGCGGCCGUUGCUCUCGUCUCUCCAAGACAAUGGACUACCGUGCAUUGCUUCAGCAAGAGCUGCCGGCGUCACCAUCGACGUGCGCGGCAGAGACGUUUCCAUCGGCAGCCGGACGACUGCGACUGCCUGGUUUGGAGCUUGAAGCGAUGCCGUAAGUGCGCACGUGCGUGCAAAUAUAGCCUCACCACCCCCGGACACAGGUUGUAUAAGGACUAUAAAGGGCAACGCGGAUGUGGUCUUUGGUC